UUUCCUCAGGGGGGACUGAUACAAUUGUUGGUAAAGUUAAAUUUCAAGUAACCUAUUAUUUCAAUUUUUCAAGGUGUUAGAAUUACGUUUUGGGGAAAAUUCUUCCACUGAGUUUGUAUUCUUUAUGCGACGCACAAUAGCAUUAGCUAACAAUGUUAUAUUAACUUAUUGUACGUUGAGACUGGAUCCAGAGGUUUUAAUUUAUUUGUUGUGACUGUGAGAAUUACAGCGAGGUGAAAGUGUCAUAUUUACAAACUUGGAUGAAGCCCAAGAUUUAUAUACUUUGUUUUCAAAUCUUUCCUUUUUUAUUUCAUUUAAAUUCAUUGAAAUUAGAUUAUUCCACGUCCUCUAGAGUUCAAUAUGCCAGUCAUUUUUUUCUGUGAUACAUCUUAAAUUUGAAUAAGCCUUUUGCCAAUCAAGUUUUUAGUUAAUCCCUUCUUAUGACUUUUACUUCAUCAGAACACAACUAAACAAUGAUGCAACCCCCGGUAUAAUCUCACUUUGUGAAUGUCCUUCAAUACCUAGUAUUUCAUAAUCCAAGCAUGGGGAGCGAAGUCAUGUGACUGCGAUGAGGCUCGUUUGUCGCGGGGGGCGGGGCAAUAUUGACUCAUUAGAAAUUUUCUCCUUCACAUCGUCUUUUUUGCUUAUGGCGCUUGCGUUCGGCUUUCUAAGAACACAAACGGCAAGAGUUUGAGAGUCGUAGCAGCCAUGGAGCAGAAAGAAGGUGCCUAUUUUACUCAAGAAAAAGAAGGCGAGGCAGUUACAUUGAAGAUACGGUUUGCACAGUUCAAAGAGGCUGUUGGAACCAAAGAAGAAAGGUCUUGCGAAUGCAUCAAAUGUUUUAAUAUUGUUCUCAGCGUUCUUUUGUUGGUUAUGGGUUUGGUUUGCAUGAUCAUGGGUAUUGUAUGCCACACGAAAUACUACUACCAAUUUAAAUAUAUUGGAGAAGGAUAUGUGAAUGUUGUAACAGUAUUCAUUGUCUCUGGAAUCAGUAUGAUUAUAGCUGGAGCUUGUGGGACCUUCAGUAUUGUGAAAAAAUCCUAUUGUGCCUUGGUGUUCUGCCUGAUCAUACUUGCUGUACUUCUCAUCUUUCACUUUGUCCUUGGAGGAUUUGCCUUUGCAUACAGGAGUAGGACUGACCACAUGACAGAGAAAGCUUUGAUAAGAGGCUAUCAUAAGUACUUUAGAGACAUGGGCUCUCAAGAAUUUAUGGACUGGUCACAAAAAAAGUUCAAAUGCUGUGGGUUCACUGGCCCUAACGAUUAUGGAGCUGGCAACAAGACACAUUCCAGUACCAAAUCCCCACUCACAACAACUGAUAAGAAAACAACUACUACUCCAAUGCCUGCAGGUGUUCAGACAACAACAGUAGGCAAUACUAUCACUACUGCUCAAGUCACCAAUGCUACAACUGUUGUAACUACCACAGCAAGUCAAGUAACUACCACUAAUUUUAUCAACUCUUCUCCAACUAAAAAUUCUACUCUGCCACCAACAACCAGUACUAAACCGCCCACUACCACUACCAAGCCUUCAACUACAACAACUAAGCCCCCAACUACCACAACAGAACCCCCCACUACCACUACUAAGCCCCCCACUACCACAACAGAACCCCCCACUACCACUACUAAGUCCCCCACUACCACAACAGAACCUCCCACUACCACUACUAAGCCCCCAACUACCACAACAGAACCCCCCACUACCACAACUAAGCCCCCAACUACCACAACAGAACCUCCCACUACCACUACUAAGCCCCCCACUACCACAACAAAACCCCCCACUACCACUACUAAGCCCCCCACUACCACAACAGAACCCCCCACUACCACUACUGAGCCCCCCACUACCACAACAAAACCCCCCACUACCACUACUAAGUCCCCCACUACCACAACCAAGCCCCCCACCACCACAACAAAACCCCCCACUACCAACCCCCACACUACCACUACUAAGCCCCCCACUACCACAACAAAACCCCCACUACCACUACUAACCCCCCACUACCACAACAAACCCCCCACUACCACUACCAAGCCCCCCACUACCACAACAGAACCCCCCACUACCACAACAGAACCUCCCACUACCACUACUAAGCCCCCCACUACCACAACUAAAGCCCCCACUACCACUUCUAAGCCAUCUACUACCACAACCAAACCUCCAACUACUACCACUCAACCUCCAGCCACAACACAAACUACCACAACUCCUAAAGCAACUACAACAAUGACAAAGAAUAUAGUAAAUGCAGCUGGAGACAGUUUCAACUUCAAGUCCCAAGGUGAAUUGCCGGAAAGCUGUUGUCAAGAAACAAAGCUUGCUGUGACCUGCAUUAAUCGCCCAUAUGACAUUUACAAGAGAGGAUGUGGUGAGAAAUUUAGCGGCUUCUUAAAGAAAAUAAUGUGUGCUAUUGGCUCUAUUGCCUUUGUCAUGAUAUUCUUUGAUUUACUUCACUUGAUCACAGCUGCCCUUUGUUCCAAAAUGAUAAAGGAGGAAGCUACAUACACAAAACUCUAGUGACAAAGCUCGCUAUUGAUCUGUUCAACUAAUUAUCUACAUCAAGGCUCUGGAUCUAGCAUUUAUGCAAAUAUGUUCCUGGUUCCUUUGCUAUGAAAAUAAAGUUAUUCGAUAACUAUAUAUUCAGCACCUUGAUGUACUGAAUUUAAUUUUGGUGUUAUCUAAGUGGCAAUUCAUAUAUCCAUUAAACAAAGCAAUAGCAUUGACAAUUUUAUGGAUUAAAGAAACACAGUGUAUUUGAAAGUCAGGUGCAAAAUGGAGGGAAGGCUGUCGGAAAGAUUUUUCUCACUUAAAUUUGAAAUCUGAUAUGGUAUUGUUUAAUCUGAAAACCUUGACUUAUUUAGCCUGAAUCUAAUCACAUCCAUGGAUAAACAUGAAUUGAUCUGUAGCAGUUUUGUUCUGCCUAUUUUUCAUAUUCAAUUAAAUAAGUGGCAAACCUUUGCUAUCAGAUAAGUUGGACCUUACGUUAAGUUGGACAUGUCAAUUAAUAUAUAUUUAGCUGAUAACUAUUGUUUUAUUUUAUACAUUCAUAUUUCACUUUACAAUUCUUAACAGCUUAUAAAACAAGUUUGAAGCGAUUUUAGUAGACAGUUCACUAGCUUGAUAUUAGCACAGGGCUUAUAAUUCAGUUGUUGUACCAAGGAGCAGCCUGCUGGAUCAGAUAUGCUCCAUAUUUUGAUUUGAAGCAAUAUUUGAUGUGAUGUCCCGAAAAUGUGCUUGCUAUUGUUUUCCUGACGUUUAUAAAAUGUGUGGUAUUGUUGAGCCACUAGUUAUUUGUUCGACCAACAGCAUGUCGUUAAAUAAACAUUUAGCUGAUAACUAUUGUUUUAUUUUAUACAUUUCAUAUUUCACUUUUCAGUUUUUAACAGUUUAUGAAACAAGUUUGAAGCAAUUUUAGUAGACAGUUCACUAGUUUUAUAUUAGCACUAAUGAAUGCUUGUAUUUUUGCCUAGUCAUCAUUCAACAUAUUUAUAUGUUUUGUAGCUUAUUGUUAGCAUUUAUUUAAAUUAAAGUAUUUAAAAGCUUAAACAUCUAUACAAAUUUGUAGUAGAAUUAAAAUGAAUGAAUGCUAUUGCUUAA